CCCAUACUUAGGGUGUGGGUGGGCAUGUGUGUGUGUCAUUGAAAGAGUGUGUGUAUGUGUGUGUGCCCAGGUGCCAGAGUAGUGGGUUGAGAGAAGUCAACUCCAUGACAUUAUAGCUGAAGGAGAGCGGACAGAGCUCUCUGAGGGGGCCCUGACAACUAUGGAGUAAACGCACUGAGGGCCCCCCAGAAAGACAAAAAGACAGCCAAACGGACAGAAAAACUAAAAAGGAGAACGUAUCACACAAUAAUGGUGGCAGAAGAGGUUAUAAUCACCUUGUCUGGUGGAGCACCAUGGGGCUUUCGUCUCCAGGGGGGCGCGGAGCACCAGAAACCACUUCAGGUGGCCAAGGUGCGUAAGCGCAGUAAGGCGUGCAGGGCAGGACUGCGGGAGGGCGAUGAGCUGGUGUCCAUCAACGAGCAGCCAUGUGGAAGUCUGUCCCACUCCCAGGCCAUGACCAUAAUCGACAGCUCCCCAGGAAUAUUACACAUCCGGGUCAAGAGGGCACCGGCAGGCUUCCAGUCUGUGGUGCUGUUGACCCGCGCCCCGUCCCCUCGCAUUGACAAAGAGUACCGAGCCGCCCUGCGUGCCAUGUCCCCCUCCUCCAGACCCCACCACAUAGCAGCUGUCAGGGAGGUCCCCCAUGGCAGGUCCUCUGUCCUGUCCCCCAUGGGGCGCAGCGGCCUCACCUCGCCCCCAGGCAGUGAGGCCUACUACGGGGAGACAGACAGCGACGCAGAUGUGGCAGCCCACGAGAGGCAGAGGAGGCAGAAGCGCAGAAGUCCCAGCAACUUACCCGGCAAAGCCUCUGGCAGAGCCUCCCAGGAGGGAGGCGAGACCUCAGAGUUUAGCGGCUAUGACAGCGCCCCAGAUGGCCAGCUCUACCCAGGGCUCCAGGACCACGGGCUAAUGGAUGGCCGAGGAGCGGGGGAAGGCUUGCCGGGGGUGGCCCGCAAGGAGGUGAUUUACCAGCCCCCUCCAGGGAUGUGGUCCUCCCAGACCUCCACAGAGACCUCCUCCAUCAUCUCCUCUGUCGAGGACCAGGGCCCAGGAAGGGACGGAGUGGCGGAGGAGGACAGUGGCUUCCAGGAGCCCUCCAACGUGGUACCACUGGUUUCUCCCGAGAGGGCCAAGGGGGCCAUGCAGCUGAGCUCCCGCAGGCAGCUGGUGCCCAUGGUGGGGCCCAUAGACACCCCUCUGGAUGAGGAGCUCAGUGUCACCUACAUGGACAAGGCCAAGCAAGCCAAACUGAACCGGGGUGACACGGUUCAAGACAAACAGGUGAAGGAGGCCAGAACCAAGUGCCGCUCCAUCGCCUCCCUUCUGACAGAUGCUCCCAACCCCCACUCCAAGGGCGUGCUGAUGUUCAAGAAGAGGCGGCAGCGCUCCAAGAAGUACACGCUGACCAGCUUCGGCAGCGUGGACGAGGACAUGCAGCAAGAUUCCCAGGAAGAAGAUGGUCUUUUCCCAGGAAGCGAGUCGGAGUUUGAUGAGGAUGGCUUCUCAGCCGCCCCCGACACCACCUGGGACAGUGACUACUUGGAUGCACUGGAGAAGAGGGCGACCGCAGGGGGAGAGCGAGGGGAUGGGACAGAAGAUGCCCCCAGUCCCGGCCUAAGUGACAUCUCUGGGAAGGGCGCCCAGCUGUUUGAGCAGCAAAGGAAGAGGGCAGCCGAGCACGCCAAGAAGGUGGCUGCCACCCAGCCUCAGGUGCCGCCCCAGCCUCAGAUAAAGACCCAACCACCGAACCAACCACAGAUCCAGGAGCAGCCUCAGUCAUAUGCACAGAGCCAGCCCCAGCCAGAGACACAACCACAGAUGUACCAACCUCAGCAACCUGUGGCACCACCGCCCCCUGUAGCCUUCCAGGAGGAGACUCCGUCUGUGGCAGAGAGGGCUAUGGCACCAGCCCCAGCUGCUCCUACUGCCUACAGUAUGGCUAACGGAGAUGUAGCCUACUCUGCAGUGAGCACAGCUAGUGUGCUAAUGACUGUGGCACCCAAACCAAUCACCGGCCAAGUGUCCAUCUCAACCAUACCUCCGCCCCAAACACCACUACCAGAACUCUCCUCCAGCUCUGUGGUCAACAGAACCGCCCGCCCCUUCAACCCAGGGUUUGUGACUAACCGAGCCGCCACCGCUCCUGUUGUGUUCCGCCCCGUCAUCACCAAAAGGGCCCAGCGCCCAGCAACCUCUGUGUCUAUUGUAGGACCUCCCUUCUCCACCACAUCAGAGCUGCCUGCAAGUGGCUGUCCUUCCUUCUUCUCACCCCCGUCCUCUGUGUCCGGAGGAUCGUUCUCCACCCCAUCCUCAGCACCGGCCACUCAUCCCCGUCCUGCCUUCUCUGUGGAGAGUCUGGCAGAACCACCCAUGCUCUCUGUUCCACAGGCUUCCUUCACAGCCAUACCUCCACCCCCAGCACAAUUCUCAGGUGGCCCCAUACCCCCACCUCCAGUCUCGUUUGCCUCCGUACCACCACCCCCAGUAUCAUUUGCCAACGUACCCUCAAUUCCACCCCCAUCGCCAUUCUCAGGUGCUCCCAUACCCCAAGCCUCGGUCUCGGUGGCCCAAUCAUCCCCAGCUCCAGUGUCAUUUGACCCCAUACCCCAACCUCAAGUUUCUUUUGCCCACAUGCCCCAAGCUUCAGUCUCAGUUGUCCCACUCCCACACUCCACAGCUCCUGCAGCUGCACCCAGAUCCCCCAUGUCCAAUGUCCCACCUCUCCCUGGUGGUCGUACCGGUUACCUCCAGGAGGCUCGUCGGCGCAGCGGCAGGAGGCCCAUGUUCCGAGUCCCUGAUGAGAAGAAGAACUCUCCCAACCCUGACCUGCUGAACAUGGUGCAGAACCUGGAUGACAGGCCCCACUACGGAAGCAAUUCAGGGAGUAUGAUGGGCUUUGACUCAGGCACAGAGGAAGACCAGGCUGCUGAAGCCGGCCGGGGCAGGAUGCCUCCACCGGUGGCUCCCAAACCCAGGGUCAUCCACGAGGCCCCUCAGAUUCCCCAGGCGGAGGGGAAGGGGGCUCAGCUGUUUGCCCGCAGGCAGAGCCGCAUGGACCGGUUUGUGGUAGACACCCCACUAGAGACCGCCUACCAGCAGGAGGUCACCCACCCAGGGGCCGAGUCCCAGUAUGCCCCCAACCCCAAUAUCAACUCACAGUGGAAGUUAUCCCCCAACAUCCGUGCCCCCCCGCCCAUUGGUUACAACCCGUUGCUAGCCCCCUCCUGCCCUGUGGGGCCACAGAGAGAUACAGGCAGGUCUGACAGGGGGGGCUGGGGAAGCAGACGGGGGAUAGCCUCUCAUAGGGAGGGAAUCAAAGCUCUGGAUUUCAUGAGAAGGCAGCCUUACCAGCUCAACUCAGCUAUGUUCGGGGGUAGUGUUGCCAACCUGUCGGCGAUGCCCUCAUACCAGGACCAGAGGCAGCAGCAGGGAGGGUAUACUACCAUGGUGGGCAGCACCAUGACUCCUCCCAGACAGAUCCCAGUCAAGGCGGCCCGUGUGUACGAGAUCAAACGCUUCUCAACACCCACGCCCAUGUCAUCCCGGUGUUUGGCCCCCACCGUGAUCGCUCCUCGUUCAGCCACAACGCUGGGAGAGCGCCUGACCCGCUCCGACAUGAUCUCCCCACCCCCUGCUCCUCUCUCCCCACCCCCUGCCCCUGUCUUUUCCCCAGCCCCGGUCUCUGCCCCACAUCCCGCCCUUGCUCCUACCUAUUCAGGGGGCCUGCCCGGGCUGCCCAGAAUCAAUGCCACCCCUGUCCCCAACCCCAACCCCAUCCCCCACCCAUCACCCUAUCCUGGGGUGUCUUACAGUGGGCUCCAAGGUACUAAGCAGUUUCAGAGUGCCCCUGAUCUGAGUUUCCUUGCUACUCCCCCUCCUUUCAGGGCAAAUGCCGUGCAGGCACCCAAACCCCGCUUCAUCGCCACCAAGGUUGGUGUCCAGCCGCGUGUGUGGAGACCAGGUGCCAUGUAAAUGGAGGUGGGAGACCCUGUCUGAGAACUGGACACAUCCCAGCCCUAUAAAAAAUAUAUAUAUAUCUGCAAAA